GAGUGGGACAAACAGAGCAGCGACAAUCUCAGCGAAAUCUCCGUGACCUCUGUGCUUGCAGGAGCGGAUCUUCCAGAUGGAGGAGACACACUACAGCACGAACGAGGAGCUGCAGGCGACCGUAAACGAGCUCGAGGAAUACCAGGAGACAGUCACCGACCUGGCCGCAGAGAGGCAGCGACUAUGCGAUGAGAAACAGGUGCUGAUGGGGAAUCUCUGCAGCCAGACGGAGAAGCUGGAGAAAUGUCGCGCGUUCGCCGACCACCUCAAGUCCCUCCUCUACGACGAGACGAUCAAGACGAACUUCCCCGAGCGGGAGCGCCACCUGGCGGCGCUUCUCAAGCAGAGCCAGGAGGAGGUGCAGGAGCUGAGAGGAAGCCACGAGGAGGCGACGACGAAGCUGCACCUUGCCACCGAUCGCAACAAG